CUCUUACUCAACUCUCUCUCUCUCUCUCUCUCUCUCUCUCUUAAUUGUUGGAUAUCUUUGAAGGCUCUGUCUUUUGAGGGCUCCCCCACUGAAGAAUAAUGGCUGUGCUUAUUCUUCUUCUUCUUCUCUUUGCAGCUUCUGCAGUUGCAGCUGAUGAAGAUGCAUUUAUUGGUGUGAACAUAGGAACGGACCUCUCAGACAUGCCACAUCCAACUCAAGUAGUAGCCCUCCUCAAAGCCCAGCAAAUCCGACACAUCCGCCUUUACAAUGCUGACCGUGCGAUGCUCCUUGCUCUUGCAAACACAGGCAUCCAAGUCAUGGUCUCUGUCCCAAAUGAACAGCUCCUUGGAAUUGGCCAAUCAAACUCCACUGCGGCUAACUGGAUCUCCCACAAUGUCGUGGCACAUUACCCAGCCACCAAUAUCACGGCCAUAUCUAUUGGUUCUGAGGUGCUAACUACCAUUCCAAAUGCAGCAACAGUCCUUGUCAAUGCCCUCAAGUUCAUUCAUUCAGCCCUUGUGGCAUCCAAUCUUGACCGUCAAAUUAAAGUUUCAACACCUAUCUCUUCCUCCAUUAUCCUUGAUUCAUUUCCUCCUUCUCAAGCCUUCUUUAAUCGCUCAUGGAAUCCAGUUUUGGUCCCCAUGUUGAAUUUCUUGCAGUCCACAGGCUCAUAUUUGAUGCUCAACAUUUACCCUUACUAUGACUAUAUGCAAUCAAAUGGUGUAAUUCCCUUAGAUUAUUCACUCUUCAAGCCUCUUCCUCCAAAUAAAGAAGCUGUUGAUGCUAAUACGCUUCUCCAUUACUCCAACGUCUUUGAUGCAAUGGUUGAUGCAGCAUACUUUGCCAUGGGUUUUCUAAAUUUCACCAACAUUCCUGUGAUGGUGACAGAAUCAGGAUGGCCCUCAAAAGGUGAUUCUAAUGAACCUGAUGCAACAUCAGAAAAUGCCAACACCUAUAACAGCAAUUUGAUAAGGCAUGUGCUGAACAAAACUGGAACUCCCAAGCACCCUGGAAUUGCUGUUAGUACCUAUAUUUAUGAGCUCUAUAAUGAGGAUAUGAAGCCUGGGCCGGUCUCAGAGAAGAACUGGGGAUUGUUUGAUGCAAAUGGGGCGCCCAUUUACAUUUUACACUUGACAGGAUCAGGAAUGGUGUUAGCAAAUGACACUACGAACCAAACUUACUGUACUGCAAGGGAUGGUGCUGAUCCAAAGAUGCUGCAGGCUGCAUUAGAUUGGGCUUGUGGACCCGGCAAGGUGGAUUGCUCACCUUUGUUGCAGGGAGAACCAUGCUAUGAACCAGACAAUGUGCUUUCUCAUGCGACUUAUGCUUUUGACACUUACUAUAAUCAGAUGAGGAAGAGUUCUGGGUCGUGUGACUUCAAUGGGGUGGCUGCUAUCACCACCACAGAUCCAAGUCAUGGUUCUUGUAUAUUUGCAGGAAGUGUUGGCAAGAAUGGCUCCUUGGUAAAUAUCACAGCUCCAUCCAUGAAUUCCACAAGUUCAGACUCCUCAGGCCACAGUAUUCACAUCAGUGGUUUAACAAGCAUCUUCAUGGUUAUCAGAGUUCUAAUAUGGAGUCUAGUAUUCUUGUAGAUGGAACCUACUGCAGCCCUCGUUCAAAAGUUUUGAAAUAGAUGGUUCUUGGAGGAGCUUUUUUCCCCUUUGGAGAUUGUUCAGUUAGUGAACAGGUAGUUUAGAGAAAGUGGUCCAAUCAAAUUUUGUACAAAAACAAGCUGAAGGGGCUUCAUCUACAUUGUUAUUCUUUUCAAAUGGAUUAUGAUCCAUUAUUCUUCUUUUA